CAGACAUGGAAGCGCCAGGUGAAGACCUCCACAGAGGCUGAGCACUGCACUCGCUCUUUCCCACCGUCUCCUGUCUGCUUCGCCCAGUUCAUCCAGUUGAUAGAUAUCUGCCUGGUGUCACGUGUACGCCUCCAGCGUCCAGAGCCUCGAUUUCCUCUCCAGUCUGUGUGGCGGCCAACGAUCACCAAAACUGAUGAGGAUCGGUUGAUUGAGUUAAAAUUAACUUCCUUUUUUCUUAUUUUGCCAAGCGGAAAGAAUGUCGGAAAGGGCCGAGGAUGACGUCAGGGGGGAGCAGCGCCGAGCGGCCAGGCAGCAGCUGAAGCAGCAGCAGCAGCAGCAGAUCCAGCGGGGAGAAGGCUCCACAGCAAUGGCGACUGUUGCGGAGCGGAGAGCCUUGCCUAGUCCAGAAAUAAUGCUGGGACAGCCUUGGAGCAACUGGAUCGACGCCGCCAAACUCAACGGCAACGACGCUGCCGAAUCGGAGGAAAGUUUCAAAGACUUCGGGAAAAAUCGUGAAGCCAUGCGUUUGUGCAGAGAAGACAUGCCCAUAUUCGGCCAAUGCCCCGCACAGGACGACUUCUACCUGGUGAUGUGCAACCACUGCGGCCAGGUGGUCAAGCCCCAGGCCUUCCAAGCACACUACGAGAGAAGACACAGUUCGGCCAGCAAGCCAGCCUCCACCUCCCCGUUCCCCGUGUCGGGCAGGAACAGGACCGGCGGGCCCGGGCUGGGCUCGGGGUCUGUAGCUGGACUUGCAAGUGCAGGCAUCCUGAGCCGACCUUCCGCCGCUGGGUCUUCAGCGUCCUCCAAUCCCAAACUCCUCAAACCAGCCAAAGAGAAGCUGCCAGGCAUUCCACGAAGAACCCCAUUUGCAACCUUCAGGACACCCCAGCUGGACAAGCUCCUCACCCCGGCUGUCAAGGUGGAGAAGAUGCAUCUGAGGGUGGACUCGUCAGCUAAGCUGGUGCAGGCCCUGUCUGCCCCAGUCACCACCUCAUCCUCUUCUACAUCCUCCUCUAGCACCACUGUGAGCUCCAACACUACCACCACCAUCACCACCUCCUCCUCAUUAUCAGCCCUUAAACCAGGCCUUAACUGUCCCUCCAUACCAAAGCCUCCAUUACUGGCCCCGGGUCCGAUUCCCAACGGCAAGGGUCACCUGUCAGUCCUCUCAGACAAGAAGCAGGACAACAGCAGCAGUGCCAGUAGCAGACGCCACCUUAACAAGAAAGUGACAGAACGUGAGUUCAAUGCCGAUGUCCACUGUGGGGUUGUGGAUAUGACCGCUCGGAAACCAUGCACAAGAUCCCUAACAUGCAAGACACAUUCCUUAAGCCAGCGGAGGGCGGUGCCAGGGCGGAGGAAGCGCUUUGACACAUUGCUGGCAGAGCACAAGAACCGAGCAAGGGAGCGGGAGAAGGAGAAGGAGAAGGAGAGAGAGCUCCACCAACCCACUUCCCAGCAAAACGCCUCUCUCAGGGACCCUCACCUCUCCUCCCACCUCGCUGCUGCCCAUGACGCCCACCCGGUCGCUCAUGGCAACGGCCCUGCCCCAGACGCCACUAAGCCUUUGACACUCUGCAAGCCCAAAUUUCACAGCCCUGGUCUUCCACGACUAAACAGCAGUCACGGAGGUGGUACCCCCGGAGACCCUGCAGCAGUCCACGAGUCGCCGCACCAUGCCCAUACUACGACCGAUGGGUUUUCUCGACCCUCCAGCGACGAGGGAGAGAACGAGGAGCGGGAGGACAGCGCUGACAAACUGGACUGUCACUAUUCAGGUUAUCACCCUCGACCGGCAGCUUACUGUAAAUUUGGAAGUCGACUGUUUGGGAGAGGUUGCUACUCCUUUGACAGGCGAUGGGACAAAGUGCGUUGUGCCCUGACCACAAUGAUGGACAAACACGUCAACUCUCAGAUGUGGAAGAAAAUCCCCUUGGCCUUGGAGAACUCCUCCUCUGUUGCACCUUCCCAUAGGACAAGCACAAAUUCUCACGGUAGCACCCCCUCUUCAGGCUUCCUGGGCCCCCCUGCCACCUUGCCCCAGACUCCUUAUAGCCAGUCGUACGAGGGCAAGUCUGUGCUCUCAUAUGGGACCACCUUAAACGCCCGCAGCUCCCCACAGGGCGGGGCCGAGCACCCGGCCUACGGCAUUACGCAGGCCCGACAAGUGUCUUCGUCGCCGCAGAUGCCUUCAGCCCACUUGUCGUCCUUCUCCUCCUCCCCUCCUCCUUCCCUCGCCUCGGGACGGGCACUUAAGUCCCGUUCCUCCAGCAGCAGCACGACCAAGUCGUCGACAUCCUUCAAGCCCAAGGAGAUCUCAUCUGGCUCCUCGACACCCUUCAUCCCCAACUCCAUUGGUGGGGGCAGCGGGGGAGCCAACAGUAGCAACACAAGCUUCAGCUCGGGGAAGAAGAGAAAGAACAGCUCCAUAGUCUCUUCAUCCCAUGGCCCCUCUGAUUUCUCCUCUUCUAAUGCCAUCUACUCUUCCUCCUCCUCCCCUUUCAAGAAGAACUGUAUGAACGUUGGCAGCUCAGGGAGCACCUACCACCACGGCUCAUUAGGUCCUUCAUCGUCGUCAUCAUUAUCUUCCUCCCACAGCGGAGUCCACAGCGUGGGGCUUAACUGUGGCCCCACUGUGCGGACUAACUCACUCAGCCUCAAGGCGGAGCCUUCUGGAGGUUCAGCAGGCGGCUCCUCAGGCCCGCCUGGACGAGGUCCUCCCUCGGGCAGCCCUGCGGAAUCCAUCAAGCGCAUGAGCGUAGUGAUGAACAGCAGUGACUCCACACUUUCCCUGGGACCCUUUGUCCACCACCAGUCCUCAUCCUCAUCUGACCACCACACCAACUUCAGCCACCACUCCACAGAUGGGCGCCUGGAGGGCAAGAAGCGCAAAAGCUCUCCUGCCUCCAGCGGCAUUAAUAGUGGUGGUGGGGGGGGAGGAGGUGGUGGUGGUGGUGGUGGUGGAGGAGGAGGUGGUGGUGGUGGAGUGGGACCUGGACCAGGGAGACCCAAAGUGGCCAAAUCACCUGCCAUCAACAACAUCCAUGGGAAACAUGGGCGAAGUAUUCCAGGGACGCCAGGUUUACCAAACAACUCCCAUCUACAUCAGCCAAAGGCUCGUCCCUGACAGUGGUGUCCGGCCUCUGUGUAUGAAACCGGCAGGCGGACGGGGAAAAGUCCAGAGCGGUCCGCAUACCGCUCUGGACUUCACAAGGCCUUCUAAAAUCCAACCCACGUUACUCUCAGCUUCCCACAAUCCUCAGGGUGGAGAUGAUCUGGACUGCCUAGUGAAGUCAAUGUGGUCCUUACUAUUUCUCCCAAAGCCAUGUGUGUUUGUGUGUGUAUUUGUGUGUGUGUGUGUGUGUGUGUGUGUGUGUGUGUGUGUGUGUGUGUUGGGAGGAGGGAUGCAUUGGCACUGUAUUUAUAGCGUGGAGUGCCAGGGGUCUACUGAGCGAGCCCAGGACCCCCCCACGCAUGUGUUGUCCCAGUAUUCUGAGAGGUCUUCCUGUCUUGAUGUAGGAGGAACAAUAGCAACAGCCAGGGGUCUCUUGAACUGCGGUUCAAAGCUCAUGGGGUUAAGGGCUGCUGCAACAAGCCGCCAUGACACUGAGUAGCUGGGAAGAAAACACGCCGAUCUUUUAUGUGUGUGUGUGUGUGUGUGUUAACGGAUGAGUGUGCGUGUGUGUAAGAGAAUUGUUCUGACGUCAGAUUCUGCUGGACUACUGGAAUUUCCAACUUAAUUACACCCCCAGCGCCUGAUCUCAGAAGCCUUGGAAGGGGAGCAGCAGGAGGAGGAGCAGCAAACUGUUACUUGCAACACCUUAAACGACACACAAUCACCUUGUUGUUUCACUUGUCAUCCGUCUGACUCUCUGGCGACAUGUUUGAGAAGCCUCGAGUUGCGCGUCAGCGGGCUCAGAGGAGCCCGUAGGGACGAUCUGGUCAAUUCUUUUAUUACCCAGAAUAAUUAUGCAAGUGUUACCUUUUUAUGAUUUCUUAUGAGCUUUUUACACUGAACUACAAAGAGUCUUUGUAGGUGUGGUGAAGACAGUUGUGCUUUCAAAUGUGAAAAGGACGCCUGAUGUGCCCAUUGGAUUGAGUCUUUAGUCAGGAGAUAACUUGUCUUGAGGACACCUGUUAGUUUUCUGAAUCUUUUCCUUGUUCAAAAUGAUCGCCACAGUAGACCUACCCCCGACUGUGAACAGAACUAAAUAACUACUUUCUCCACAGGCACUGCUUAGUUGUCACAAAGCUAGCCAAAAGCUGCUUUCAGCUUUGCCAACUACCUUUUUUUUCUUUUCUUUUUUUUUUCUAAACAAAAAGGUGGGCAGUCUCGCUCAUAAAGCAUUCAUGGUGCAUUGCCUGUGUGGAUAUGAAGAAAAUCUGUGCAAACCUUAAUAUUAUUGCCAUAACUUACCUACUCUUUAACCCAGUCAGCUGCGUGAAAUCCACAGCUGUUGUGGGCAGAUGUGAAUUGUAAUGUUUAUUUUUCCUACAUAGGGAAUCAGGUAUGGUACGUCUUAACUGGAGCAAACUUUAUGCACGUCACCUGUCUUCUGUGGGUUUGAUUGUCCCUCCUGUGUGUAACCACUACCCGAGCACCGGGUGUUAGUUUCAAUGCCUCGCCGGUACGCGACGUCGGUGUGUGUGUGAGGACAGAUUUGUCACAGCAGAAUGGAUAACCAGGCAUUAUACUCUAUUCCUUUGUCAAAAUGGAGUCUUAAAUCAGGCAAUACUUGUCGGGGUGUUUGCUUAUUUUUAGUGGGUUUUAUGGUGCGAGAUUCAUGGAGAUGACUUCACCGGACAUAUUAUAAUGUUAGGCAACACCUGUUGAUUUAUGGAUCCUCCAGUGAUGUCAGUGUGGAAAAGUCGGAGACCAUUUUUAAAAAAAAAAGAAGUAAAGAUUAUUCCUAAUUUUAUUUUACUUGUUCCCGUAGCCUAAUGUAUCAAAGUAUUGGAGUAUCCCUAUUUGAGAAUACAUAUUUUGUUAAAUUGUACAUAGUGAAAUAUGUAUUUUUGCACAGGCAUUUUUCGUACACGCGGAUUUUUUGGUACAAUCUUUAAAUAAAAUAAGAAAAAUUACAAAAAAGAAAUUAUUUAUUUAGUAAAAGAUUUUAAAAAAAAGAAGAAAAAAAAAAAGAUACCAAGUCAGAGAGUUUGAUUAUUUGAAGUGGUUCACUGCCAAAUCUAUAGAAUGCAAUAUGCCUAUAUGUAGAAGCUGAAGCAUCUCAUGAAUCAUGUAUCAAAGGUGAAGUGUUGCCACUGUAGCAUGUGUCUGUAUGACAGGAUACCUUUUAUUCACUUUUCAAGGUCUCAAUCACACGUGCUUUUACCAGAUGUUUUACGUUGCCUAUGAAUCAACACAACAACAAAAUGACCCAACCAGCCUGUGAUUUUGACGCUUCCUGCAGGUUUGAAGCUGCCCAGUCUCCAUUCACUCUGUAGACCUUAAACACAUUUCACGACUGAAACACUCGCAUUCUUUUCUAAAGGCUGGAGGGACUCGAGCAAUCUUUGCGAGGAGGAGGAACAAACGAACUGCUUGCGUCAUCGUUGCCAAACGAGUAAUUUCAAUCACAGCUUUUAAAGAAAUAGUUUGCAGCUUUUAAAAGAAAUAUGAAAUUAAGAAAGUGCCUGAAUUUGUUUCACCCUGACUGUUUGAGGACAGUAUUCUUUGGGUUGUUUUACCUUACUUGAAUGUUGGAAGCAUUUAGGCGUUUGCUUUUAAAUCUGCCUAUAAACCCUAAAUAUGGUAAAACCUGAGAUUGUCAGCCGCCCAGUAUGAAACACUUGUGUUGUUGGUGUUUUUUUUAUUUUUAUUUUUAGGGGGGUGGAUUAAAAGUUUUCCAGACCAGCCGUGAAGAUUUUGAGAGCCUCAAUGUGUGCGGCUUAAAUCCUCUCUGGUUUACUGGGAUUUUUACGUAAAAAUCUUCAAUCAAGUGUUUUGUUUACCCUCAAACUCCACUGACAUCUCGACAUUGUUUCCAGCAGAUGGAAACAUGGCGAGGAUGUUUUUUUUGUUUUUUUUAAUAGCACCAUAGACUUGGAAUGUGAAAGUGAGAGAGAAUACAGCUCGUGUUUGGGAGGAAACAAUAAAUCCACCAUUCAUACUAUGUAAAAGCGUGUAUAGAUUUUUUUUGUAUACAUUAUCAAAAUCAUUUUCAGCUGGACUUAUGUAUUGGCUGCUAUGUAAUUCAUGAACAAAACAUAGGUUAGAAUUAAUAUUUAAAGAAAAAAGAUUGUAUAGUAUAUUUGUUUUGUAACAAGUUUCUGUAAAUAAAAUAAUUUAUACUGCUAUUUA